AUGCGUCUCAUCAUUCGUGACGAUCCCCGUGCCGUCGGCGACUACAUUGCCAACUAUAUUUGCAAGCGUAUCAACGACUACAAGCCUACUCAAGAGCGUCCAUUCGUGCUGGGCUUGCCAACUGGCUCUUCGCCCAUCCCAACCUACAAGGCACUCAUAAAACUAGUCAAGGAUGGCAAAAUCACCUUCAAAAAUGUUAUCACUUUCAACAUGGACGAAUAUGUUGGCCUGCCUAAAGACCAUUCGGAGUCUUACCACACGUUCAUGUUUCGCGAAUUCUUCUCGCACAUCGACAUCCCACCUUCCCAGGUCAAUAUCCUCAACGGAAACGCUGAAGACCUGAUUGGCGAAUGCAACGCAUACGAGGCCAAAAUCAAGGCCGUUGGAGGAAUCGAGCUUUUCCUCGGCGGGAUUGGGUCUGACGGCCACAUCGCAUUCAAUGAACCAGGGUCUUCUUUGGCUUCACGCACUCGUAUCAAAACGCUUGCAUACGACACCAUCCUCGCCAACGCCCGUUUCUUCGACAAUGACAUCAGCCAGGUCCCGCGGAUGGCCCUCACUGUAGGUGUUGCAACUGUGCUCGACAGUCGGGAGGUCGUGGUCGUUGUCACCGGACAAAACAAGGCCCUUGCGCUAAGCAAGGCUAUUGAGGAGGGCGUUAACCAUCUUUGGACCCUUUCAGCACUGCAGCUCCACCCUUGGGCGCUCAUCGUCGUCGAUGAAGACGCGACAGCCGAGUUGCAUGUCAAGACCGUCAAAUACUUCCGCUCGAUCGAAAUGGUCCAGGAGGAAGUUGAACGCACGCAGGCCGAGCUCAAAGCUCGUGGCGUGCUGGAAGCUGGCGCAGCGGAGCAACAAGUCGGCAGCAUGGAGUGA